AUGCAGCUACCCCCCGCGCUGUGCGCCCGCCUGGCUGCGGGGCCUGGGGCGGCGGAGCCACUGCCUGUAGAGCGGGACCCCGCGGCUGGGGCCGCGCCGUUUCGCUUCGUUGCGCGCCCCGUGCGCUUCCCGCGGGAGCACGAGUUCUUCGAGGAUGGGGACGUGCAGCGCCACCUCUACCUCCAGGACGUGCUCAUGCAGGUGGCCGACGCGCCUGAGAAGCCCAGGGUGCCUGCGUUUGCCUGCCAAGUGGCCGGCUGCUGCCAGGUGUUCGAUGUCCUGGACGACUACGAGCACCACUACCACACGCUGCACGGAAAUGUUUGCUCCUUUUGCAAGCGGGCCUUCCCUUCCGGACACCUGCUGGAUGCCCACAUCCUGGAGUGGCACGAUUCGCUCUUCCAGAUCCUGUCUGAGAGGCAGGACAUGUAUCAGUGCUUGGUAGAAGGCUGCACAGAGAAGUUCAAGACCAGCAGAGACCGGAAGGAUCACAUGGUGAGGAUGCACCUGUACCCCGCGGACUUCCGGUUUGAUAAGCCAAAGAAAAGCAGAAGCCCAGCCUCAGCGGAAGCCCCAGGGGACAGUGGAGAGCGGUCAGAAGGGGAGGCCAUGGAAAUCUGCUCCGAGCCUGUGGCAGCCUCCCCUGCACCGGCGGGUGAGAGGCGGAUCUACAGUCAUAGGUCAGUGUCUGAGCUCUUUCUGAAACCCGUUCUCAACGUGUGUUCAGUGCUGAGGAUUCUGGGCUGCACCUGGGCCCAGUAUUUCUCAUACUGAAUUCAGAAAGGUAAUGCUGGGUAAGAAAAUCGGCUUCCGCCGGAGAAGAAAGUCCAUAUAUUUCAGGUCCUGUGAAUAACUUAGUUUCUCUCGCAUACUCUGUUUUUGAGCUGCUGAAGCGCAGGAAUGCCAAGCACCACUCACUUUUCCUCAUUGUCUGAGUGCGAUGGAAAGAGUCUCACUUGUAGUUGCUUCAGUCACAACCCAGGCAUCUGCCUUUCUAGCAUCACCUGUGCCGUCUGCGCCAUCUGCCUUUCUAGUGUCGCUUGUGCCGUCUGCCUUUCUAGCAUCACCUGUACCGUCUGCCUUUCUAGCAUCACCUGUACCGUCUGCCUUUCUAGCAUCACCUGUACCGUCUGCCUUUCUAGCAUCACCUGUGCCGUCUGCCUUUCUAGCAUCACCUGUACCGUCUGCCUUUGUAGCAUCACCUGUGCCGUCUGCACCAUCUGCCUUUCUAGUGUCGCCUGUGCCGUCUGCCUUUGUAGCGUCACCUGUGCCGUCUGCCUUUGUAGCGUCACCUGUGCCGUCUGCCUUUGUAGCGUCACCUGUGCCGUCUGCCUUUGUAGCGUCACCUGUGCCGUCUGCCUUUGUAGCGUCACCUGUGCCGUCUGCCUUUCUAGCGUCACCUGUGCCGUCUGCCUUUCUAGCGUCACCUGUGCCGUCUGCCUUUCUAGCGUCACCUGUGCCGUCUGCCUUUCUAGCGUCACCUGUGCCGUCUGCCUUUCUAGCGUCACCUGUGCCGUCUGCCUUUCUAGCGUCACCUGUGCCGUCUGCCUUUCUAGCGUCACCUGUGCCGUCUGCCUUUGUAGCGUCACCUGUGCCGUCUGCCUUUCUAGCGUCACCUGUGCCGUCUGCCUUUCUAGUUAAAGUUGAUUUUAAAUUAAUUUGGGGAAAACAGUGAACAAUUGGGGAAAAACAUCACCAAAGACUCCAAACAGGUGGAACGAUGAACUUAACAUUCCCUGUACCCUCCUUACAGAUGCCUGGACUUUGGCCUGUGAAUGAGCCCCAGGGGGCUGGGACAGUAGGGGUUUUCAUGGGACGGACAUGGGGUAGCAGGAAGUCUCAGCCCCAGAGGGCUUGGCAGGAGCCACCCUCUCCACUGAGUUCUUCCCAGCGGGUGUGCGUUGGUGGCUGGCGGGGAUCUCCCACAGGAAGUAGGUCUCAGGCUGUGGAAAGGGAGCCGCCCCAGGGCCCAGGAGGGCCGGCUCUGCAUCCCACGUGUUCCCAGAGUGAAAGAGAAUGAGAAGGAGACACACGACUGCUGUUAUGACUUGGGUUGUUGGUUGGCAAAUACAGCGUCUAAUAGAAACUUUCUUCCAUCCCAGAAUACCCUCUACCAUCUGCUUUGGUCAGGGUGCCGCUCGAGGAUUUAAAAGCAACAAGAAGAAAACCAAACAGUGCUGAUAGACUCAGAAAAGGAGUGGGGGGCAGUCGCCACUGCUGGGAGUGGCAUCCGCUGUGGGCCUUUCUCUGACCUUCUGGUGUGGCCGCCCUGGGGCCAGGCCCUCGCCAUCCUCCCAAUCCUUGUCCCUCAGCAGAUGGCAUCAGCAGCUGUCAUCAGAAGCUGUGAGGGACCCACAGAUUUUGGAAACGACCUGGACACACUAUUGGGAAGGAGAUGUGGACAGCAUGUCUCCUCCUGCAGGGCCCACCCUAAGAAUGUAUUUUUAAAUACAUGAAAUAAGUAUUUUUCA